UUAGUGUGAGUGAUUGUUAGUGUUUUUGGAGUGUGUUGUGUACUUUGCCCGGUGAGAGGUGACAGUUUACUAUGAGGUGGUUAAUGUUUAUGUCCAGUGAAUGUAGGAGAGUUUUAUGUAAACACAGAAACAUUAUCCUGUCCUCUCACACUGCUAACAUGAGUUCAGACUCACAGUGGCUGAGUGCAGCAGAGAGGGAUCAGGUCCUAAUGGAGCUAAAGGCGACGGGUUGGGUAGAGCUGGAAGAACGUGAUGCUCUGUAUAAAGAACUGCACUUCAAAACCUUUAACCAGGCAUUUGGCUUCAUGUCUCGAGUGGCUCUGCAGGCUGAGAAGAUGAAUCAUCACCCGGAGUGGUUUAAUGUCUAUAAUAAGGUACAGAUCACAUUAACCACACAUAGUUCUGGUGGCUUGUCCAAGAAAGAUGUCUGGCUUGCCAAAUUUAUUGAUAAAGUUGUUCUGGCCAUGUAGACAACUGGUGUUUUUUUUUGGCCUGAUUCUAAAUGCACACUCUCUACACUUUCUACACUUCUACUGAUUGAAAGCUGGACUGGUCUGGAAUUUACUGUACUCUCCUGCAAAUUCACUCAGGGAUAUAAAACAAAAGAGGCAUGCAGGAAGGGUCACCUGCUCACAUCGGUACAGAACUUAGACUGUAAAUAUUAGUAUUAUUUUUUAUUCUUAACUACACCAUUUUUCUGAGAGUUGUAGCUCACACUGAGACAAGCAGGGUUACAGACUAAACAAGUCCAACCACUACCAUCACACUACCACUGCCAUUGCCAGUUUGGAUUUUCUGCCUAACCUGGCAGGUGACCAUGGAGUAUGCUUCAUGUUCUUUUUAAUAGGAACACUUGAACUAGCCCUGUUUAUAUGAGCAUAAAGUCACCAGCUAUAUAACAACUAUAAUCACUAACAAGUAAUUAGCAGGCUAUGCCACAAAGUAAAGUACAUCAAAUAACUUUCUUUUUUCUGAUUUUAUGCACAUUUCUGUUCAUUUAUACUUUAUGGUUAAUACCUGUCAUUAGAAAUGUCAGUUAAUUUUGUAGUCAAUUCUUUGACAUCUCAAACCUUGAGCUAACACUCAACAACUGUGUUCUCUGAGCAGUUGACAGGGGAUCUGAAAAUACAAAUAGCUACUUGAUGGCUAUGAAGCAUAGAAAAAAACAGAAAAAGAAUGUCAGCGUUAUAGUGGCUAAGGAGAAACAAAAAACUCUCACAUGAGUCUCACAGUAGUCCAGUUCCCCAGUAACUUGAGCUUGUGCCACUGCACACCCUGCCCUGUCUGAGGCGAGCCAUGGAUCAUCACGCCCUUAGACAUGCAGUCACUUUUUGUGUGGAGUUUGCAUGUUCUCCCCGUGUCUGCGUGGGCUUACUCCGGGUGCUCUGGUUUCCUCCCACAUUCCAAAGACAUGCAAGUGAGGUGAAUUGGAGACACUAGAUUGUCCAUGACUGUGUUUGAUAUAACCUUGUGAACUGAUAAACCUUGUGUAAUGAGUAACUACCGUUCCUGUCAUGAAUGUAACCAAAAAGUGUAAUACAUGACGUUAAAAUCCUGACUAAUAAACAAACAAACA